UUUUUUUUACUACACAACUUUUCACAAAGAUGACGGAAAUUUUGACAAAACUUCUCUGUGUGAAAUUCCGUCUUAGUAAUUUACCCGUGUUAGUCGGACUUAUCUUAUUUGUAGUUAUCAUACCCAGUCCUGCUAAGGGUCAGGGCGACGACUCCAGUUCGCUAUUUUGUCCCAAAGCGCUCAGCUCAAUUCCCAACGUUUGUGACCGUUUUGCGUGUAAACUCAACAUGACGGAGGCGGACUGCCCGUUGGACACGAUCUUCGUGAAGGGGCUCACGCUGUGCGGAUGUUGUCCCGGAUGUGCGAAAUAUAUCGGACUUACAAAAGCGUCACCCAAAGACAUGCCGAGAAGAUGCACCAGGACGAAAAGUGCCCUUACGAAAUCCUGGGAACCAUUAUGCGAGGGUCCAACCUGCCCCAUUUUGGUCAACCAGUGCUUGCCUGGCCUUGUGUGUGAGGUUUUCAACGGGUCCUGCAGCCUCCCCGAGACCCCCCGAAAUCCUUGCACGGAGGAAUGCAUGUACAAAAAGAGUCUCAAACGGCUCGGCUUAUUCCACUGGGAUCCCAUCUGCGAGGAGGACGGGUCAUAUGCUCCCAAGCAGUGCAAGGGUGACCACGUGACGGGCAUCUGCUUCUGCGUGGACCGCUGCGGAAGGCGCAUCUUUGGUCAGGAAUUUAGAGUCGAUUCCAAAAAUCAGACGUGUGCCUGCAGUCGACUCGCGAACAAUUUACGCAGCGCGGGAAACGCGGCCACGAUGCAUUGCACACCGGACGGUAAUUUUGAACCGCUUCAGUGCGAUACUGACUCCGGACUUUGUUACUGCGUUCACGAAAGAACGGGAAAACUUAAUGGGGCCGUGGUUCCGGAAGCCGAGUGGGAAAAGUUGCUCUGUUUGACCCCAAAUGUGACCAAUUUUAUGCGGAAUGGUCACUACUUGCGCAAAUGUGAGAGUAAUUUCGCCGCAAAUGUGAAAAUCAUAAAGGACGGGAAAUUGCACGGGACGGAGAUUACCUUACCAGAAAUUAACUGUGAUUAUGAUGGGAGUUUUGCCCCUGUGAAAACGUCCGGAACGAGGAAGGAUUGCGUCUACAAAAACGGAACCACGAUCAAGGACUUUUUUGCCAAUUCAAACAACGACAUGGAUUGCAACUGUGCUCGUGACCAGUUCCUCUACCAAAUUAAGGGGAGACCUUUCUCCUUCGUGUGUCAAAAUCAGCUCGGAAAUUACCCCAACAGUGUUGACUUUGGUUCAUACGCGUCCUGCAUCGACCGGGAUGGGAUUGCCUAUGGGGACAUGGUCCCCUCCAAGUAUGCCUGCUGCCUGAUCCUAGAGUGCGUCCCCUCUACGGCGAAGGAAUGCCAGAGUGACACCAAUCCUGGUGGGUAUAGGUCAUGUUGUUCUUGGCCGUAUGGAGGGUGGUGUUCAGGACAGACGUAGAAUAUAUGUACAUAAGUAUGUGUUAUAGAACUCCUCGCCAAAAUCGUAAAAAGUACAUUUUGAAUAGUUUUUCGACUCUGGAAAUUUAUUUAAAAAUUCUGGAUGAAAAAUCUGUAUACUUAGGAAGUCGUUAAAAAUACACUGUAUAUUUUCAUAGUUUUUGAAGGAGUAGAUUUUGAGCCUUCAGAAAAACUUGGACUAAUCGAGGCUUAGAUAACUCAGCGUCAUUCCAUAAAUCAACUCAAUCAACAUGACUGAAAAUUGGUCGUCCAGAAUUUUAAAAUAAGUUCCAGAGCCUAGAAAUUAUUUAAAAGGUACUAAUUUUGAUCAUUUUGGAGAUGAGUCAUCGAGUCCCACGAUAAGUUGUUCUUUUAAUAUAAGUUUGGAAUGGUUUGAUCGCGCACGUAUUGAAUUUCACGCAUGGGAAAUUGAACGCUAUAUGAAAUUAAUUGGUAAUUCAUACGAAUAUUUUUUAUGAAUAAAGAAGUAUAAGAAAUAGCGA